GGGGUGGGGGUGGGGGCUGUGCCUCAACCAGUUAGGAAGAAUGACUCUGGAGUCCAUCAUGGCGUGCUGCCUGAGCGAGGAAGCCAAGGAAGCGCGCCGGAUCAACGACGAGAUCGAGAGGCAGCUCAAGCGGGACAAGCGGGACGCCCGCCGGGAGCUCAAGCUGCUGCUGCUGGGUACAGGAGAAAGUGGCAAGAGCACAUUUAUCAAACAGAUGAGAAUCAUCCAUGGUUCUGGAUACUCUGAUGAGGACAAAAGGGGCUUCACAAAGCUUGUGUAUCAGAAUAUAUUCACAGCAAUGCAGUCUAUGAUCAGAGCUAUGGAUACACUCAGAAUCCCAUACAGCUAUGAACAUAAUAAGGCUAAUGCACAGCUAGUUCGAGACAUUGACAUAGAGAAAGUGUGCUCAUUUGAGAACCCUUAUGUAGAUGCAAUAAGGUAUUUAUGGAAUGACCCUGGAAUCCAAGAAUGCUAUGACAGGCGGCGAGAGUAUCAAUUGUCAGAUUCUACUAAAUAUUAUCUUAAUGAUAUGGACCGUAUAGCAGAUUCUGGCUAUCUACCUACCCAACAAGAUGUGCUUAGAGUCCGAGUUCCAACUACAGGAAUCAUUGAAUACCCAUUUGACUUGCAAAGUGUCAUUUUCAGAAUGGUGGAUGUGGGGGGGCAGCGAUCAGAGCGAAGAAAAUGGAUACACUGCUUUGAAAAUGUCACCUCUAUCAUGUUUCUAGUAGCCCUUAGUGAAUAUGAUCAAGUACUUGUGGAAUCAGACAAUGAGAAUCGAAUGGAGGAAAGCAAAGCAUUGUUUAGGACAAUUAUCACAUAUCCCUGGUUUCAGAACUCUUCAGUCAUUCUGUUCUUAAAUAAGAAAGAUCUUCUAGAAGAGAAAAUAAUGUACUCACAUCUAGUUGACUAUUUCCCAGAGUAUGAUGGACCUCAGCGAGAUGCACAGGCGGCAAGGGAGUUCAUCCUGAAGAUGUUUGUUGACCUGAAUCCGGAGAGUGAAAAAAUUAUCUACUCCCACUUCACGUGUGCCACAGACACGGAGAAUAUCCGCUUUGUCUUUGCUGCUGUCAAAGACACUAUCCUACAGUUGAACCUGAAGGAGUACAACUUGGUCUAACUGUGCCUCUAAAGUCUCCACCACCCCUUAUUCCCCCUUUGGGCAAUGGAGGAUAUUCAAGAGGGACUGUAUUAUCUGUGAAAACGAUCUGCAUAAUACUAAUUUAUUACUGGCCUGGACUCUGUGAAUGUUCACAGGGUUUAUAGUAAAUAUUAUGAUUUUAUUUAAACAUUGCAGAGGAAAAAC